CUUGCACUCACUCGAACGAAUUUAUCGCUGUUACUGCAUUUUGAUUCGUUCAAGCAUUACAUUUUUAUGUAGAAUUUUGAUAUCAGUCUAUUUGAUUGUGUUUCUGACAAUAUUAACGGAGGUGGAAAAUGUCGCACAGGAAGUUUGAGCACCCAAGGCACGGUUCUCUUGGUUUCCUCCCGAGGAAGAGGGCUGCCCGCCACAGGGGAAAGGUGAAAGCUUUCCCUAAGGAUGACCCCACCAAGCCAUGCAAGCUAACAGCCUUCUUGGGUUACAAGGCUGGCAUGACCCACAUUGUCAGAGAAGUCGAGAAACCUGGAUCAAAACUCCACAAGAAGGAGACCUGUGAGGCUGUGACUAUCAUUGAGACACCACCAAUGGUUAUUGUUGGUGUGGUCGGUUACGUCAAGACUCCUCGUGGUCUUCGCUGCCUCAACACCGUUUGGGCCCAGCAUUUGAGUGAGGAGCUGAAGAGAAGGUUCUACAAGAACUGGUGCAAGUCGAAGAAGAAGGCCUUCACCAAGUAUUCCAAGAAAAUGGAGACUGACGAGGGCAAGAAGGAUAUCCAAGCUCAGUUGGAGAAGCUGAAAAAAUACUCAUCUGUUAUCCGAGUUCUGGCUCACACUCAGAUUAGGAAGAUGAAGGGUCUGAAACAAAAGAAGGCACACUUGAUGGAGAUUCAAGUGAAUGGUGGAACAAUUGCUCAGAAGGUUGACUUUGGGUACGGUUUCUUUGAGAAACAGGUACCUAUUGAUGCUGUCUUCCAGAAGGAUGAGAUGAUUGACAUCAUUGGUGUGACCAAGGGUAAGGGUUAUGAAGGUGUGGUCACACGUUGGGGUGUCACUCGUCUUCCGCGUAAAACUCACAGAGGUCUUCGUAAGGUCGCUUGUAUUGGCGCGUGGCAUCCUGCUCGUGUUUCCUUCACUGUUGCCAGGGCUGGACAGAACGGAUACCAUCACCGUACUGAAAUGAACAAGAAGAUCUACAGGCUUGGAAAGAUCGGUAAAGAAGAGCACACUGCCAGUACCGAGUUUGACAGGACUGAGAAAGACGUAACACCAAUGGGUGGCUUCCCUCACUAUGGUAUCGUGAAAGACGAUUACCUGAUGAUCAAAGGUUGCUGUGUGGGACCCAAGAAGAGAGUUGUCACUCUUCGUCAAACACUACUCAACCAGACAUCUCGUGUUGCACUUGAAGAUAUUAAGCUCAAGUUUAUCGACACCUCUUCCAAGUUUGGACAUGGUCGCUUCCAGACAACCGAGGAGAAGCAGAAGUUUUACGGCCGCGUCAAGGCUUAGAAGUUGCCCUUUUAGCCGAAUUUGCUAUAUUAGCUGCUACUGUUGCUUGAUUCAAUUUUGCUUGAGUUUUAGACGAUUAAAUCUUUAUUCUAAACUUGGGUACUUUUUAUGGAUAACAAUUUCUUAAUUAUUGUAUUGCUGGUUUUUGGAUGUUUCGGUUAUCUCGGUGG